UCACUUAUCAAGAUAUUGGAAAAAACAAUCCUCAUUCAUCAAUGGGAGGUGGAACUAUGCAUAUUGAUCAUCUUGUACCUCAAUUGAGUAACGCCAAUAAAACCUUAUCUUCUAGUUGCUGUAAUGGCCAGUUCUGCAGAAAACAAGAGAUAACAUCAAAUGGUAGUCUCUAUAAUCCUGUAUUUGAGACUGUUCCAUCUCGAAGGGAAGUUGAGGAUGCAAUUUCAGCUCUUCAAGAGUUUAUGAAAGCAGUAUCAACAACAAUCAUAGAUCAACAGAUCGCAGACUCUUAUGAUUAUGAUUCAAGGAUUGUGCAAUCUCAAGGAUAUAAUAGACUUUACAAUGCUCUUCAGUUGCUGCAAGCUGAUCCUGCUGUUAAGAGGUUAGUGAUUUCACUAUCAUCUGAUGAAGCCAUUUGGGAUGCUGUCAUAAGAAAUGUGUUGCAUCAGAGGCUUCUGGAGUUGCCUGAUGCAGCUAAACCUAAAAGGCCUCAGAGUUCAGAACAAAGAGAGAUCAGCAUAGAAAUCUUAAACUGGAUAUUUCAUAUCAUGAAAGGAAAAGUCUUGGAACUGAUACAAAGCUUUCAGUCACUUAUGAAUGAUUUAUUCCAGUCCCCUGGGAUUGAAAAUGCAACAGGAGAUACAUCACAGUUAGAUGAAAAAGUUAGGUCAUCUACACUUCUUUCCAUUGUCAUCCUUUUAACUGUAAUCAUGGCUAGAUAUCAAAGUCGUCAAGUCUAAUGUGUAUAUAUUAUUGUCAAAAAAAAAUGUGUAUCUAUUAAUAUGAUAUCAGUGUUUUAAAGAAUUAGACCUUUUAUUUACAAUUUUUAUCUAUAUUAGAUAUGAGAUUUUCCA